GAAAACUACACAAAGACAAGUGUCUACAUAUAAAUAAUUAUGGUGAAGCUUGAUGCUAAACUAUGGAAAGCUGUGUUUAUGAUGUCGAUUAUCAACAUUGCACUGAGCGUUGUAAAUGUUAUGUUCAAGAAGAUGCUUGAUCAAGGAAUUAACCGCAUGGUUGCGACCACUUACCGACUUGCCGCGGGAACUCUGUUCUUGAUACCAUUUGCGAUUUUCUUAGAAAGACAUAACAGACCAAAACUCACGGGUAGGAUCUUGUGUUCACUUUUCUUUAGCGCUCUGCUGGGGACAAGUUUGGUGCAAUACUUCUUUCUUGUUGGACUACAAAAUACGUCUUCCACUUUCGCAUUAGCGUUUAGCAACAUGGUUCCUUCGAUCACUUUUGCUUUGGCUCUCAUCUUUAGGCAAGAGACGUUGAACAUCAAGAGCAGCAUAGGAAGAGCCAAAGUGUUGGGCACAGUGAUUUGCAUUUGUGGAGCGUUGGUGCUGACGCUUUAUAAAGGACCCUCAUUAACUCGACAAAACAUUCCAAUGCAAACACAAACGUCAAAUGGUUCGACCACAGCAGAGUGGGCAAUGGGUUCGGUCAUGCUGAUCAUAUCAAUCUUAAUAUGGUCAUUAUGGUUCAUAGUUCAAGGAAAAAUAUGCCGAAGUUAUCCGUGCAAAUACACGAGCACCACUAUCCUCUCUUUUUUUGGUGUGAUCCAGUCUGCUUUGUUGAGUUUGAUCUCAGAGAGGAGCAUAUCCAUGUGGGUCGUUAAAGACAAGUUCCAAGUUUUAGCCUUACUUUAUUCGGGUAUUGUGGGAUCGGGAUUGUGCUACGUUGGAGUGUCGUGGUGUCUCCAGCAAAGAGGUCCAGUUUUCACGUCGAGCUUUAUCCCUUUGAUUCAAGUCUUUGCUGCCUUUUUCAGCUUCUCUUUUCUUCAUGAACAAAUUCACUGCGGAAGUGUGAUAGGAUCAACCGUCAUCAUCGGGGGACUUUACAUACUUCUAUGGGGAAAAAGCAAGGAAAAGCCGGCACCAGUAACCAAACAAGAACCACUAAAUCUCGAUCUUGAAGGUUGUGGCACAGCUCCAAAGGAACUUAAUGGUGCUACCCAUCCAGUUUCUGAAAAAUAAUUGCUUCAAAAUACAUAUUAUUGUUUUGCAUAUGGUCAAUGAACUCCACAUAAACGAAAAUGUAACACAAAAACUGUUACAAUUAUAUAAAAUCUGAAGUUCAGAUUCGAGUUCCUGUAAAGAAAAUUUUAAUUUCGUUUUUUUUU